CCGGAAGUUGGAUCCAGUUAACCAAAGUUUCUUGCCGCGUGUUUUUUUGUGUGUGUGUUGUUGCACAAAUGACACUUGAUUGGCGUACAGGGCACUAGUGAAAGAAAAGCUCUGGGUGUAGGCAGGGCACCGACGACCCUCUCCUGCCCACCCAGCUCUCGUCGGCGCCUUGGCACAGCUGGGUGAAUUAUCGGGGUCUCGGAGCUUUCAUCGCGAGAACUCUAGGAUCGGUCACGCCGUUGGACAGUUCCCUCGCCCUGCUAGACGAGCUUCUCGGACGCGCGCACUGGUGCGCGCCCGAGGCUCCGCCCACCUCCCCGGCCGCCCGCAUGCAGCCCGCGCGCCAUGCUUGCCGGCUGCUGCGCGGGUUCCUGCGGGGCCCGGCGCCUGCCGCUGCGUGCCAUGGCCCUGCCCGGUGGCUCCCGGCGGGCAAGUGUGAAGCCGCUUUCUCCCAGAGCCCAUCGUCCCUGGGCCGCCGACUGCCUCCUGGCUCCACGGCGACCGAGGACUACGAAGAAGGCCCCGACACCGAGGAGCGCUUUCUGUUCCCGGAGUACGUCGCGGAGCCGGACCCUGAGGACCAGCUGAGAGAGUUGCGCGAGUUGCAGCGGCGGCAGCAGGAUGAGGAGCGCCAGAUGUUGCAGCGGCAGGAGGAGCGGCUUCAGCGGAAGCUGCGGGCUGGCCUCCGGACUCUGCAGGUCCCCGACCUUCCAGAAGCCGCGGUGCCACCCAGCGGCAUCUACUGCUCGGGCUGCGGGGCCGAGCUGCACUGCCAGCACCCCAGCCUGCCCGGCUACCUAACGGAGGAGAAAUUCCACGGUGUGACCCAGACGGACGGCGGACAGGCGCGGACCGUGUGCCAGCGCUGCUGGCUGCUGGUGCACCACCGACGUGCCCUGCGCCUGCGGGUGAGUCGCGAGCAGUACCUGGAGCUAGUGAGCGCCGCGCUGCGGCGGCCGGGACCCGCCCUGGUGCUCUACAUGGUGGACCUGCUCGACCUGCCGGACGCCUUGCUGCCCGACCUGCCCAAGCUGGUGGGCCCCAAGCAGGUCUUCGUGCUGGGGAACAAAGUGGACCUGCUACCCCAGGACGCGCCCGGCUACUUGCAGCGGCUGCGGAAGCGGCUGUGGGACGACUGCAUCCGCGCCGGCCUCGUGGUGGCCCCUGGCCACCGAGGACCGCAGUACCCCGCCGGGCAUGAGCCCCAGGACGAGAAAAAGAAUCCGAACCCGCCGACCAGGUCCAGCACCGUGAUCAAGGACGUGCGGUUGAUCAGCGCCAAGACCGGCUAUGGAGUUGAAGAUCUGAUCUCCGCGCUUCAACGCUCCUGGCGCUACCGCGGCGACGUCUACCUGGUGGGCACCACGAACGCUGGCAAGUCCACUCUCUUUAACACACUCCUGGAGUCUGACUACUGCACCGCCAAGGGCUCCGAAGCCAUCGACAGGGCUACCAUCUCCCCGUGGCCAGGUACUACAUUAAACCUCUUGAAGUUUCCUAUUUGCAACCCGACUCCUUACAGAAUGUUCAGAAGACAUAAAAGGCUUAAAGAAGAGGCAACCAAAGCGGAAAAAGAUCUUAGUGAGGAAGAACAAAGCCAGCUCAGUCAACUGAAAAGACGUGCUUACAUGAUAGGAAGAGUUGGAAGAACAUUCUCGUACUCCAAAGAACAGACAGAAGUUCCCUUUGAGUUUGAUGCCGACUCAUUGGCCUUUGACAUGGGAAAUGAACCUGUUGUGGCCGUGCACCAGUGUACCAAACAAGUAGAACUGACCCCAGAGGAUGUGAAAGAUGCCCACUGGUUUUAUGACACACCUGGGAUUACAAAAGAAAAUUGUAUUUUAAAUCUUCUAACAGAAAAAGAGGUGGAUAUUGUUUUGCCAACACAUUCUAUUGUACCAAGAACAUUUGUUCUCAAACCAAGAAUGGUUCUGUUUUUGGGGGCUAUAGCCCGAAUAGAUUUUUUAGAGGGAGAUCAAUCAGCUUGGUUUACAGUUGUGGCUUCCAACUUCCUUCCUGUUCAUAUCACUUCCUUGGACAAGGCAGAUGCUCUAUAUGAGAAGCACGCAGGCCACGAGUUACUGCUGGUUCCAAUGGGUGGAAAAGAACGAAUGGCCGAGUUUCCUCCUCUUGUGGCUGAAGACAUUACAUUAAAAGGAGGUGGAGAGUCUGAAGCUGUAGCUGAUAUCAAGUUCUCGUCUGCCGGUUGGGUUGCAGUAACACCUUACUCUAAUGGCACACUGCAUCUCCGAGGUUACACGCCUGAAGGAACUGUUCUAACCGUCCAGCCCCCUGUCUUGCCAUAUAUCGUUAAUAUCAAAGGACAACGCAUCAAGAAAAGCGUGGCCUAUAAAACCAAGAAGCCUUCAUCAGUGAUAUACAAUCUGGUGAAGAAAACUAAAUAAGUGAGGCAGACCUGAAUUCACACUGGAGAGUAACAAUAUUGAAAUAUGUUGAAAUUUGUAUUAAAUAAGAAAAUAAUAAAGAGCCAUGUGAUGGUGGCGCACACCUUUAAUCCCAGCACAUGGGAAGCAGAGGCAGGAGGAUCUUAAAACCAGACUGAUCUACAAAGCGAGUUCCAGGGCAGCUAGGACUGCUAUACAGAGAAACCCUGUCUCGAAAAACCUAAUAAAUAAAGAUAAGUGAGGCAGACAGGAUUCAUACUGGAUAGUAAGAAUAUUGAAAUGUGUUGAAAUUGUAUUAAAUAUAAAAAUAGUAAGCCUAUCGUUUUUAGAGAUCUUAAAAGUCAACUGUUUAAACUA